GUCGCGUCUCGACUUGCCAGUGGAUGCCUACUCCCCAACAACUUAUGUCUCGAUCACAACGACCGACGGCUUUUGAUGUUUCCUUCCCAGACGAGGCUCGUCACAGUCAGGGCUCUGUAGGAGCGCAAGACGAUGAUGGUGAUUGCUCAGUUCGCUCAGGCUCAGGCUCAAGCGCGUCGAAGCGAAAGCAGCGCGAUGACGCCGCCUUGGAUCUGCUUCCCAUUGCGGUCAAACGCAAGCUCGCUGUCAGACCCAAAGACAGACUCAAAGACACACCUGACCUUCAAUAUACCCCGGAUCCUGCGGACAUAAAGGAGACAGGGGAUACUGUCAUUCUGGGCGAGGAUCCUGAUGACUUGGGCGGUGACGGUCUUCCCGUCCGAGUACUGUCCGAAUUCGCUGUAUUCGACCCGAAGGAAGGUUAUCACCUAUAUUCCCUCAGCGAUGAGAACAUUGGCCAACACAAGCUGCACGCCGCGGGUUUUGUUUCCGCCGUCUACGUAAAUGACGAGGACGAAGGCCAGGAGGAUGAUGUCGAGGGCUCAGUACAACGCCUACGGACCGCUCAAAUCGAGCAGUACAGCCUGGAUUAUGAAACGAGAGAUGAUCCACUCUAUAUUCAAUCGAAACACGCAUGGUACCAAUUGCGCAAUCCUUCGGACAUGUAUCUUGUACACCAUCGCGCGUUCUAUCGGCCACACAGGGUUACGCAAAUCCUGCUCUCUUCUGCGAAGGAAAAUUUGGGUCUACAAUGGGACGAACUCAUCGAACUGGCGACGACCAUGAGAGACCCCCUCCUUGGAGUGAGGAUUCACCCGGAUGACUUCCUUGCAGCGGUUCCACUGAUCUCAGUGAUCCUCUCCGAGAUUCAGCAUGGUGGACGAUUGAAGAGGGUGCCUGCAGUGCGUCAACUCCUGGAGGGCAAGGUGCCUAUCUCGAGGCUAUCUAUGCCCGAGGCUAUUCCCGCUGCCUCCACUGGACGACAACACCGCCAGCUUGGCAAUCACCCGAGGAUUUUCCAUCAGGUGAACAACAUAGACCUUGCUGUCCUCCGCCCGGAAAAUCAGAACCCGACGCGUGUCACUCCGCUCAUCGAACAGUUAGCGCGAGGGUGGUUCAACGAGCGCUUGUUUGUGGUCGGCGCGAAGCUCCCAGAGGAACACCGUGAGAUCGAGGCAAACCGCGCCCACUUAUGGAUGCGUCAACGCCUCGGCGAAUACAUCGAGCGCCAGAUGUCGAAGAAAGAGUCGAAGAAGAAGCGGUUUGAUAGCUAUGCCAACGGAGACCGAAUUGUCGACGAGUUCUGGGGAGCUGUUCUUGUCGACGGUGUGAAGUAUUCGGUUGGCGAUACCAUCCUGACACCGCGAGGAAGUUAUGAACAGCGCAAUGAACGCGCAGCGGAGAUGCCGGAGGACUUGAAGGAUAUACCAGCGGAUGCCAUCAUCAGCGAUUACUUCUGGUUUGGACGCAUCAUACAUAUCAAUCAGCGGCGAAGGAAGAUGCACUUACAGUGGUUCGAUCAUGCCCCCCGAGGUAUUUUGGAGGAGCUAGCUGAUCCACGGGAGCUCUUCCUAUGGAACUCCUGCGGCGAGAUCGACGCUGAUGAGGCCUAUGGCAAUGUGGAGGUUCUUUAUAGCAAGCCCCCAGGUGCGCAGCUCCGAGACGGCCGUGCUGAAUCGUCAUCCGUCUUCUAUUGCAACUACCUUUGUAAUGAGACACUUGCAACAUUCACGUCGGUCUCUGAACAAGAUUUGUCUUUGCCGCAGAACUGUAUGCCCCCGGACAACUGUCCGCCAUGCAUGCUCUCAACCCAGCGAGAGCAAGAGCAGACGGUGACACCCAUAGGGAAUGGGAUUGCUUACCGCAGCCACCGAUUUCACAGGCACGACUUCGUCCUGUACGUCAACACCACUCCGGGCCCGGCGAAUAUCGGUCAGAUCAUGGACUUUGUGGGGAUAAAGGGUAGGAAGCGGUCUAUCCGAUCUGCUGUUGUUCGAGUCCUCGGCCGCAUUGACGAUAUCAUGGGCAUUUGCCCAGAGCAAAAGGAUCAGCAGCAUCUGUUCAUGACGGAAGAAGAAGCUGAGGUGCCCGUCGAAGAUCUGUUGUCGCCGUGCUUUGUUGUACCGGCUCACGCUCUCACUGAUGAUGGUGAGAAGCGUGAAUGGCUUUCUUCGUCACCCAAGCAUUUCUAUGUGAAGUACCGGUUCCCGACGAUGUUGCCGACGAGGUGGGCGGAUAGGACGCGCCUCGCGCAUGACGAUCUGCUCGUCUGCGCUGAGUGCUUCGAGGAUGACAAGCAGUGUUCUGAAGACCUGCAGAAGUUCGCGCGGACCCAGAAGCGCCGGCCGCUGCGCGGCUUUGAUCCCUUUGGUGGGGUUGGCGCGUUUGGGCUGGCGAUGGAGGAAUCGGGGUGUGUAAAGAUGUGUCAAUCAGUGGAGAUUUCGCCUAGUGCGGCCCACGCCUCACGGUCAAAUUCACCGCAGAUGGUCGUACACAAUCAAUGCUCCAACGUUGUACUGGAGUAUGCGAUCAAGGUUUCCAAGCAUCACAAGCUAGAAGUACCCAAGGAAAUUGGCAAUUCUCAGCAGCCUUUGCCUGUCCCUCCCAAGCCUGAAGACAUAGAUAUCAUUGUGGCAGGCUUUCCAUGCCAGCCUCAUUCACGCCUCAACAUGUUCCAGCAUGCCAACGACCGCAAGAGCCUUCUCAUCCUCAAUCUCUUGUCAUGGGUUGACUUCCUAAAGCCCAGAUACUGUGUGUUUGAGAAUGUGCGAGGCUUUUUGAAGUACAAUCUCCAUGCAUUCCAGGCUGGGAAACACCAGGUUGAGGGAGGUGUAGAUAUGGGUGGGCUGAAGUUCCUUGUGAAGGCAUUGCUGGCCAUGAGAUACCAAGUCUGCUUUGGUCUAUUACAAGCUGCUCACUAUGGAACACCACAAGCAAGAGUGAGGUUCUUCCUGAUUGCAGCUCAGGACACAUCUGUUUUGCCAUCACUUCCUCAGCCCACUCAUGAUUUCCCCCUGGCUGAUGCUUUGCAAAUGAAGUUCUCCAAUGAAUCUCAAGCCCAGCCAAUCAACACACAGAGGGGUUCUGCAUUACACCACUUUGUCUCUGUUGAUGAUGCUAUAGGUGACCUCCCAAGAUUCCAUUGGAAAAGUCCCCAGAGAGCUGAUCCAGCUGGGGAUGGGCUUGAGCUCACCUGUGAACAAUCCCAACACCACUGUGGACUUUCUGGCCAUGAAGUAGAAUAUGAAUUUGCACCAAGGACAGUGUUCCAGGCAAGGUGCAGGAGGGAACAGAGUAAAGACCUUCAACACUUCACAAAGGUUCCUCCACCAGCCACAGUAGAGCGUGUUGUGAACAUCCCAUUGACAUCCAAGGCAGACUACAGGAGUUUGAGGCCAGAACUUUGGCAAUGGCAGUUUGCCAACCCAUCAUCAGCAAUAGCACGCCAAGGAUUCAGACCUGGGCUUUAUGGACGUUUGAACAAGGACGAAUGGUUCAACACAACAGUCACCAACGUUAGACCCACUGCGAAACAAUCUUGGGUUCUGAAUCCAUAUUGCCGGCGCAUGGUCACUGUCCGAGAACUUGCUCGUUCACAAGGGUUUCCUGACAAUUUCAUCUUUCACGCAAAAGACGGGGAUGUUACAACAAUGCACAGGCAGAUUGGAAAUGCUGUUCCAUGGCCUGUUGCCGCAGCCAUCAGCCGGGAGCUCUUGGGCGUAAUCUUCAGGAAAUGGCAGAUGGACAAGCAGACGGCCGAACCCAUAGAGGAUGAAUGAAAUCCGUGUAUCUCUGCAUAUAUCUAGCUCUCAGAAUAGUAGCAUUCAUCAUGAAG